AUGUCUGUCUUGGCUCAAGGAAUCUCGGUUUUCUCUAGCUGCAACAAAGCCGGAUCUGUGCCGUGUUUUACUCAAUAUCUGACGCAGCAUCCAAACGAUUAUACAGCUCUAACUUGGCGUGGUCGUGCUUACAGUAUAAUAGGAGAAAACGACAAAGCGAAAGCAGAUUUCGAAACCGCUGUGAGGGUAACUAGACCACCCAGAAAAUACUUGGCUGAGGCCCAUUUGGAGAAUAUCUAUGGUAACGGGGCUCGGGGAAAUCAAACGGGGAAAGGGGAGAACCGUGGUAUCACUGGUGCAACAAAAGCCUUGGAGAUAUCCACUACGUUUACAGUGGCAUAUCUUGGAUCAAGCCAGUGUGACAUUGUAAAUGGAAAUGACUCCAGGGCCCAAGAGAGUUUUCUAAAAGCAAAGGAGCUGAAUCCAUCAAUCUGCCCCUGGGAAGACUUCCGCGAAUUUAAGAACGUUGUUCUGCAGGGAAGGCAACACAGAGGUUCACAUUCCGAACGGCACAGAAGUUCAGAGCCAUCUGGUGUAUCCGGAAGAGGGGGUUGGGGAGGAAGUAGGGGAGGAGGUGGAAAUGGAAGUGGAGGCGAUGAUGAUGAUGAUGACCCCGAUGGAAGCAAAAUGUUGAAAAAAAUCAAAAAGGAAGCACCGGAAGUGAAGAAGUAUAAAGGAAGAAUUUACUAUCGAUCAAAAUGUGGGAGGUAUUGGUACACCAAAGACACGGCCGGUCAUGGAGAGGCUUUCUUUAAGAAGUACGAGGACAAACGAAGUACUCUGGAGUUCGUGGGCUCUGUGGAUAAAAACCUCAGAGAUAUGCCACGUAAACAUGAAUCUGCCCAAGCUCCGACGAUUCGUAAGAGUGAUAUGGACACAGUCAAUAUAUAAACAACAUAUCAAACUGUCACUUGAAUUAAUCUUGA